AUGGCCAACCUGGUAGAUGGCAUGAUGCAACUCUUGAUGUAUGCUUACUGGAGUGAUCAAAGCAACCUCCAAUUUGCAUUUGUCUCGGAUAAUUCCAUUCCAAUCAAGACUCUAGAUUACCUACACAACACUCUCAUCAUCCAACAAGCCAAACUGAAAGGACAACAACCACCCACAUCACGAUUCUGUACUGUACCCCCUCAAAAGGCAAAUAGGACUUGGUCCUUUCUAAAACCAUACUGGACCACCCAACAUCCAAUCAAGGCUGAACUAUGGUCCGUCCUUCAUCGAUCUCAUGUCCAAUUACUGCUCCAAAACUUGGACACACUGCGAAAAUGGUUACACCAAUUGCAAGGACAAUCUCAAAGAGGGGCUCCCGAUGAAAUUCUCAUUCCGUCCUUUCUCAACAACCAAUUGGGACCCUCGUCGUUGGAGCAGUGUCAUUCCGUCCAAAACAACACAUCAUCAUCCUGGCGCACGUGCUGUCCCCACUAUGUCUUGUGGAGAGAUCAAAAGACACCAGAACCACCCGUCCUGCAUGCUCCUCAAUUUGCCAAGAAUCCGUGUCAAAAAGGAUCUCCCUGUCUCUACCAAGAGUUGCACUCCCACCGGCUCGAUGAAAUCAUUCAAGAACCCAACUUUUUCUUUUUAAGAAAAGUCGCUCCCACGGUGCAACUCGUUCAAACAACGAGCGAAGAACGGGGCAAACCAAGACAACAAUAUGACAAUCGAACCUUUGCCAGUCAAUUGGUAGAUAGAUUGAAUAGUGGUUCUUGGGAUGCAUCAUGA